GUGGUUUUACUCUUUAACCUUUUUAGCAGGAAACAACUACAGCUCCCAUAAUCCUUAUCGGCAAGACGUCAUCAUAUCCUGUCCAAUCACUGGCUUUGGAGGUUUUCUUGAGCCGCAAAAGUACGGAAAAACAAAGAUUUUGUCAACGCUCUCACUGUUGUAUAUUUUAGUCGGUUUAAAGCGAGAAAUGUGUUGUUUUUGUCUGUAUUUAUUACGAAUUUGUUAAUCAAUACUUUUUCAUGGAUGUUCGCGUGAGUUGUCGUCUUUCGAAGGCGUUGUUUUGUGUUUGUUGAGGUGAAAGUUAUGUGACUACUAGCGAAUUAACCAAAUAAUAGCGUUAAUUUGGCCAAUUUAGCUGCCCUAACGUUACGGUCUUGCCAGAAAAAAACUAUCUUACAUGAACUGAUGAAAGUGUCACCGAUGGAGAUCACGCCGAAGACAGAGAAGUUAAUGUCGGUUUAUUCUUCCCCUUGUAAUUCAGUGGAGUCUAGUCCCUGUGAAUCCACAGAGAAGCGUCAUCCAAAGCUGAGUGCCUCCCUGAGGGAGAGGCUGAAGAGAUCAAGACGCUCCUUCACCUCGCCCUUCUCAGUGGCCAAACGCCUUUGUGUUGAUGAUGAGGAGGAGGAGGGGAAGGAGGAGGAUGGUCAACAAGUUUCAGCAGAUUCCCGGGAGACGGUUAAUAACCCUCCACUGAUCACCCAGAAGGUUGCUGUAAGCAGGAAUGAAGCAAGAUCAGGGAGCGAAAGGUUGUCUGGACCGAUUCCUGAACCAACACAUCCUCCAUCAAAAAACUUUGUACAACAACUCAGCAGAGAAGUUAAAGACAAGAAAGAGACUCUGCGCAGACUCAAGAUGGUUAAAAUGUACAGAAGCAAGAAUGAUUUAACACAGCUCCAAACCUUGAUUGACAAGUGGCGGAGUUGUGCUCAGGCUGCACUGUACGAGCUCCAGUCAGAUGUCCCCGUAGACGGACGAAAGGCCAGCCUGUCAGAGCUUAUUGACCUCUUUGGUUUGGAUGACAGUAUUCUGCACUUUGACCGCACAGAGGAUGACUUCACUACCUAAAUACGCUUUCAAACACACAUAUCAGUUGUACUGUCAGUACACAAAAAAAUACUGCAGAGGAACAAUCACAUUUAAAAUAUAUUGAUAUGUAUAUUGUUUUAUUUGUUGCUGCUAUGUCGUUUAUUUGACAGCUUAAGUUGUGGUUUCAUGUUGAAUUUACUUGUUCAGAGAAGUUUAAAUAAAACCCUGUUGUUUGUUGUA